AUGUACAUCGCCCCAUUUCUCGCUCUCCUCGUGGCCGGCGCGGCGCUGGCCGCGGCCGAGGGCUGCCACGGCGAUAACCUCCUCCGGGCUAUGGAGCGCCACAACGGAACGGCGUACUGCUCCUCGCUCCUGAGGCCCUCUGGCUCCGACACGCUGUUGUCGCCGCGUCUCCCGUCCGACGUGCCGUUGACGUAUGCCCCUACUCUUGUCUCGUCUGCAUGUUCUUGUCUCCUGGGUCUCAAAUCGACGUUAAAGUCACCGUGCCCCUCCGUUUCGGCGACGGCGACGGCGACUUCGACUUCGACCAUCUGUUCCUCGAGAGGUGGAGGAGGUGGAGUCACGGGUACCACGUCUUCGUCGACCGCCGCUGUAUCAGACACUCUCACUCUGUCCACGACGUCCCUAACCGACUUCGGCGGCGGAUAUACGUACUCGUUCCCCGGAACCGGGCUAUCCGCCUCCACAGGCCCGACGUGCGGGCGGGACUGGGCGACAACGAUGGUGCAGGUGACCGAGACGAUGGUCAGCACGGUCUACGUCUACAGCUCUGGUGCUUCGAGCAGCAGUGAUAGUAGCAGUACAGGCGCGUCGACAUCGAUCUUCUCGUUCCCGAGCGACGGGGACAGCGGGGGUCGACCGGCGCCGCCGACGUGGUCGGCCGGGUCGGCUUCGGCGUGGGUCUCCACUUUUGCCGUGGGUGACUCGACCUUUGUCAGCACCGUCUCGGGGGUACCUUCGGACUCGCUGGUGGUCCGGCCGCCGGGGCCGACAAUUUGGACCUUGAACGGGACGACAACUACUGUACCCGGGGCUCCAAUACUGACAGCCUCCGGGAAGGCGAGCAGUUUGACAAACACCCAAGCAGACGGCGCGUCUUCGUGGACUCUCUCCUGGAUCUCUACCGUACCCGCCAACGAAAGUACAGCCACUACUUCCCCUUUAGCUUCUUCCGCUGCGCUACCAGACCCUCCCGUGGUAAGCACCGUCACGAGCGACGUGGGCGGCGUGGGUUCGACCUGGAUCGUCACCGUGGGCGUCACGAGCGGUCCAGUCCCGUUUCCCAACACGACCUCGACCCUUCGGUCUUCGGAGGGUGCGUCGGCGGCCAUCAGCGUCGUCACCAGCAUCGUCAGCGGUGUCGCGGUGACGUGGACCGCCAUCGAGGGGUCGACCGUCGCCGGACCCGUUGACUCGGUGACGCCUACUUCGGCCGAGGCCGCCCCGUCGAGGCCAGUGUCAGGUGGGUUUACCGUCAUCACAAGCAUCGUAGGAGGCGCCGAGUCAACGUGGACGUUGAUAGACGGCUCCGCAAUCAGUCCCUCGUCAAGUGGGACGAUGAGUGCACCGGUCUCUCCCACGGCUUCUUCCCUCAAGACGGCCAGCGGUACUUUCAGCGUCAUCACGAGUGUCUUUGGUGGCGUCGGUUCGACGUGGACGGUGAUCGGAGGGUCGACUUUUACCGGUUCGUCCAGUACGCCGACUACAGCUCCACCGCCUACCGCCUCUGUUCCCGUCUCGGCCUCUCUCGUCACGAGCAUCGUCGAUGGGGCCGCUUCGACGUGGACCGUCAUUGGGGGUUCGACCGUUUCUGGGGUCCUCAGCGAGACGCCUACUUCGACACAGAGCAUGGCGGUCUCAGUCAUCACAAGCGUCUUUGGCGGCGUCGGGUCCACGUGGACACUUAUUGGCGGGUCUACAGACACAGGCUCUUCUAGUACGUCAGAUACGGUAACCCCUACCUUACCUCCAGGAGCCUCUAUUGUCACCAGUAUCAUUGGGGGUGUUGUCUCCUCAUGGACUGUAAUAGGGGGCUCGACCGUAUUUACAUCAACGAGUUCUGCGUUGGGAACUCUAUCGACAACUCCAACCUUACCUCCUGGCGCUUCUGUCGUCACUAGUAUCGUGGGUGGCAUUGCCUCUUCAUGGACCGUCAUCGGAGGUUCAACCCUCUUUGAACCAACCAGUUCUUCCCAGUCAACUCCCACUUUGCCUCCCGGUGCCUCCAUCGUCACUAGCAUUGUUGACGGUAUGGUCUCGUCAUGGACUGUCAUCGGAGGGUCCACUAUCUUUGAAUCAGCAAGUUCCGCAUUGGCAACUCCCACCCUGCCUCCUGGAGCCACGGUCAUCACCAGCGUUAUUGAAGGCGUCGCAUCUUCCUGGACCGUGAUAGGGGGCUCGACCAUCUUCGGGUCUGUCAGCCCGACAGACGCCGCCGGAGCCACGGUCAUGACCAGCGUGGUCGGGAGCGUCGCCUCAUCGUGGACCGUCAUCGGUGGCUCAACCAUCUUCGAAUCCUCAAACAGCACCGCGGGAGUCUCUCCCGUUUCCUCUCCUACCCCUACUGUCUUCACGAGCCUCGUCAACGGGGUUGCCUCGACGUGGACCGUCAUCGGCGGUUCAACCAUCUUCGGCAGUUUAACGCAGUCUUCAACGAGCACAGGAAAUACGUCGAUCACCGCUUCUUCUUUGUCUUCUCCUUCUUCCUUUUCCCCCUCCUCCGCCACGACGAGCAGCUCGGCAACUCCGACCUCAGGCUACGACUCAGCCUUCACCGGCAUCUCCGUCAUCGUGGCCCGCAACGGCAGCACAUGCUACGCUCUGCCGACCCCCACCGCCUCGCUCCACGAGUCUCUCUUGAACGUCACAGACCGCGAGCCGCCGUCCAUCGAUGCCUUCUACCUCGACCCGGCCACGAACUCGGUUAAGUAUCUCCGCCUGAGGGACGGCAACGCCAACCCGGUCCUCAUCGACGUCUCCGACCCCUCCAGGCUGGCCAUCGUCGACGGGGCCGGUAACGUGCUCUCCAUCGACAGGGAGGGCCUGCACUUCACCUCGGCGAACUGCUCGCCCAAGAUCGACGUCUUCAUAUCCGGCUUCUUCGAGCAGAUGGCCGUGCUGUCGGGCCAGUCCUGCAGGGAUACCGAUGAGGUGCCCGUCAACGGCACGGGCAGACUGUCGUCUUCUAUCCCCGUUUCCAGGCGCGAAGUGCUGCUGGACGCGAGACAGGAGCGUUCUUUUGACGUGGUCCUCCACCUUCGGGACCAAUGCGGCGAUCUCGUCCGCCCCGACCUGCCCGUUUUCGUCUCCCUGGGCGACACCGAGUGUGUCGUCCUUCCCGACGCGGCGGGAGACUUCAUCGCGAGCUGCGCGUUCCCCGGUGGCGAGAGCGACUCGAUGGAGUGCGAGACGUCCGUCCAGCAGACGCUGGACCACCUCACCCAGGGCUCCCUCGCCGGAACGUGUCCGUCGUUCGCGUCCGUAUGGAGCCUGCUUUCCCGGGAACUAGACCGCAUAGUCAACUUUGACAAUCUUCUCCGCCCCUUCAUCGACGCCGGGCUAGACCUCGGCUCCGAUGCCGGUCGGGGCCUUCGCUCCGUCAUCGACAGCUUCAUGAGGUUGUACGAUUUCUCGACCUCGACCUUCCAGAACUCCACCUCGGACGCAAGCGCCGGCGCCGGCGCCAGCUCGCGGUUGGAAGACGUGAUCGAGGAAUACGGCGUGGCGGCCAUCCGGACGGACGUCUGCCGUUCCCUCGUCUCGUCCGAGACGCUGGCGCUUACCUUCACGGCGGGUGUUUCCACGGCUCCCGUCUUCCUGGUCAACAUCUCCGCCGUGCCAUCGCCACGGCCCGAGUACGAACGCACCGUCACGGACCCGACGGCCCUCGCGUGCUGCCCGAACGCGAGCCGGUGUGUGGUACGCGACGGGCAGGAGUUCUACCCGCCCGAGGCGUCGAUCCCAGGGUCCGACUGCCUCUGCGGCACGACGCUCGAGGGCCGCGGCGUCGGGUUCCGGACGGGGCGUUGCGUCGGGUACAACCAGUGUAACGCAACCUCGCCGUGUGCUGGCGGCGCCGUUUGCCUCGUCGGCAGCUGCUGCGGGUUUAACGUCUGCGUGAACGGGACCGAGUGCUCUGCGCCGGCAGUCGGGAGGAGAUGGGUCUCCCUGUUCGGGUCGGAGACGUCUGGCGGCAUGUUUUGA